GUACAUACACGUGUUUAAGCAAGAUACUGUCAUUUUUAUUAACUUCUGCAACAUUUGGCUAUACAGAAAAAACAAUUUGGAAAAUAAUACGACAUUGUCAACAAUUGAGUUGCCGCUGGAAGGUGUGGGAGACUGGAAAUAAACAGAAAAACCAAAAAAGAUGACUGUGACCUCAAUUAUAAGAUCCGAAGAGUAGUACUCGAAGGGGGUGUUCACUACUGAUAAUGAACUCAAAUUGGGUCCGAUGUUUUGUUUUGCGCAAUUCUCGUUGAGUUUUCUUGAACGGCGGUAAAAGUUGUAAUGUCGUUAUAAAAACUAUAUUUUCACUAUAAUUUAUACAGCAAAUAUUAAAUAUGAAACCAAAAAUUAAUCAAGGCAAUGGAUAUCUAACACCACAAGCAUCUAGAAGAAAAUCCUUGGGGGCCCUGGGAGCCAGUAAAGCAAAGAGUAGCAGCAAACUGCAGAAUGGUUCACCUACGGGCAGCUUAUUGAAUUUGGACGAGGGGUUGGUUAGAAAACUGCUGGACGAUCCUAUAAAAAGGCAGCUAAUUGUAGAUUUAAUAGUAGCUCAUAAGGAUCAGAUAGAUGAGUAUAAGAAAGCACAUGCCAUAGAAGGGCUACGUAAAGUGCAAGCAAAACCAACAUGUGAGAGCCCAACUGCUUUGUUUCGUAGAAGGCUUAUGGAACAGAAGGAAAGACCAAUAUCAAGAAAUGAAUCAGACUCUGCAUCUAGUAGUAGCAGCAGGCCUAAUUCAGCUAUGUCUGGAGCAUCAGUGGUUCCGUCACCUGUUCCUCUCUGUAAAGUUCUUGAGGGUGUUAUUGCUUAUGUAGAAGUACAAACAAAUGGCAAUGAUAGAUCUCAAGGUGUGAAAAUAAGGAUAAAGGAAAUGGGUGCUAUAGUUCGAGACCAGUUCACUAAAGAUAUCACUCAUGUAAUUUUUAAGGAUGGAUUCUUCACAACAUACAAGAAAGCCCAAUUGAUAAAAGCUCAUAUAGUUUCUGUACUUUGGAUUGAAGCUUGUAGAAAUGAGGGUAUUAGAGUGCCUGAAAAGAAGUAUCCUGCUAUAGGGCCAGAUAUCCAUGACUUCAACACAUCAGCAUUAUGUUCUCAAAUGCAAAAAGAAUAUGAAGAAGUGAUCAGAGAUGAACUGAACAAGAGUUUCUCCACCGGUGCUCCUUUACCAUCAAAACAAGACCUGAUCAACAGAAGACGCACUUUGAUGACCCCAACUGUUACGAAAACUUUUUCACAAGAAUUACCUUCAUCUCAGGACUUUGAAGUGGCUGAGAUAUUCAGAAAGUCCAGAAGGACUCUAGGUCCACUGUAUACUCAUAAUCAGAGGUCUAGUCAGGGCAGUUCAGAUGCAGACUCUGACUUGGGAGCAGUUGUUAAUGGACCUGUCACAAAACGCAAAGAUGUUUCACAUUCUCGUAGAUUUGACACGAGUGAUGAUGUUAUUGACUCUUCAUGCAUGGACCUGACUGAGCUUCAUGGGACUGUUAUCGAUUCCAAUACAAAUCUUGCCAAAGAAAAUGUGCAACCCCCUGUAGUAGACACUAUUAAAAGCCCAGCCUCUUCCUAUAAAACUGCUGUGGAUUCUCCAUCGGUCAAAAAUACAAGCAGUAUAAAGAUAUUGAGCAAGAACGUGUGUAGCCCCAGGAUUGAGAUUCCAAAUGAAGUAUCUUCUGCAAUGUCAGCCUUACAGAUUUCCGAUAAAUCCAAGACUACGAGCACUACUAUGUCUUCAUUAAGAGUGUCAUCAGAUUCAAAAGUGGCAGAAGUCCAGCCUAGGCAUGGUGAAUACGUUACAAUGAGGAAGAAGCCUGCACAAAUUAAGGGAGCACCAGAAUGUUCACCACCAAAGAAGAAUAAAAUGGGCACUGAAGACAGUGAUCGUACAGUAUCUGGAUUGGUUAAAUCGUCAGAGGAAAAUGUUGAAACAGAGAUCGGUGGAAAACUUCAAAGCAGUAAGCAGUUGGACAAAUUCAAGGAUAGAAGAAAGAGCAAGAAACCAGAUAAAGCAACAGAACCGGCAGGUGAGGUAGCCAAGCCUAAAAACACAACAAGAAAAAGUGUUCUUAAAGCUGUAGAUAAGCAGAUAGAACCAGCUGUGAACGAUAAAAACACUUAUUCCAAUCAACCUCAAUUUGAUAAACCAUCGCAUAUAAGAAAAAGCUUAUUUCCAACAGAUGUUGAACAUUUAUCUAGUAAUAAAGCUAAAGCCAAUACCCUACCACGUGAAAAACCAAAAAUAUCCAGAAAAAGUGUCAAACCUAGUGCAGCAUCAUCUUCCAAAGAAAAACCAAGCAUCAACCUUGAAAAUGAUGUUGAACCUAACGGAGUUAGGAGAAGUCUUUUCACGACAACUUCAAUCACCUCACCUGGUGAGAAGCAGGCAAAAGACCAACUUAACAGCGGCAAGAAAAAGUUCAGGAAGUUGUAUAACCCAGACGACGUCUUGCUCUGCGAUGAAGACGUUUGUGAUGAACGCGAACGUGAAAGACUCCGUGAAGAAGCAAAAAAGAAGAAAACCGAUGGUGUUUUCAUUAGACCAAUGUGUAUCAGCUUGAAACCAAACGUUUUUGUAUCAGAAAAGGCUAAGGAAUAUAUGGAUCAGCAGAAUACAGACAUUGAUGAUGUAUUGAAUAAACAUACUGACUCAGAUUCUGACCACAAAUCAGCGAAAAAGAGAACUAAGAAGAAACAAGUCACACAGAAAAGACAAGUUGUUUAUGAUGAUCGGUUCAGUCUGACUAAGGGUAUAUUCGCCAAAAAGGAUGAUGCGGAUGACGAAAAUAAAGAAAAACCGACACCUAGUCGCAAAUCUGUGAGAUUGUCUCUUAAACCCAGAAAAACUUUCAAUUCGGACCACAGUAUAUCGACAGACACUGAGUCUGAAAAAACUCCCGCAAAAAAACCUGAAACGCCUCAUCCAAAAAGUACACCUGCCCGACGUGGAACCCAAAUAACGCCCAAAACACAACCUAAGAUCGACAUCAAAACUCCUGUUAACAGAAGGAGUACCUUGGAGUUCCAGCCGAAAGAUCAGAUGAACACCGCGAGGAGGUUGAAGAUCGACAAGUUGCAGAUGCCGACGAUAGUUUGCACGAAGCUGCACAAAGACGACGUGGUGGUGUUCAAUCAGAUUGUGAAGAAAUUAGGGAAGUUCAGUAUUGAAGACGAAGUGUCAAGUAGGACGACUCAUUUGGUAGCUGGAGAGCCGAAAAGGACUAUCAACAUGUUGAGAGCCAUGGCUAGGGGGUGCUGGAUACUGAAAUACGAAUGGCUGCUGAAAUCACUAGAAGCUGAAAAAUGGUUGCCAGAGGAGGACUUUGAAGAAAUUGAUUUCUCACCAGCAGUACGGCAAUCUCGCUUGCAAAGGCAAGCGUUCGGCCCAUCCUAUUCUAUGGACGUUUUCCAAGACUGUGGCGUAAUCUACGUUGCUCGAGGCAGCACUCCACGUUGUUCCGAUCUCCGAGAAUUGGUCAAACUAUGCGGUGCAAAAGUGACCACGAUCACAAGAAACGCGGAUAUCAUAGUAGGCGGGUAUCAGAAUCGGGAUGACGUCAUAUGUGUCACCGAGAUUUGGGUGCUGGACUCGAUUAAGUUUAAUAAAAAGAUGAACUGCAAUAAGUAUAAAAUUACGAGUGAUAAUAAUGUUAUGCUUUAGUGACUUGAUAUACAUAUUUUAUACAUCCUUCCUGUCUAGUGUAUUUUUAUAUUUAUUGCUUAUUUUUAUAUUGAUUGGAUUAUAUCUUAGAAAAUAAAUAUUUGGAUUGCU